ACGCUGGGACUCGCUUCUCCUGUGUUCCUUUGCUCUCUUCAAAAAUUAAUGUACCUGAAUCUGUCGGACUUUUUUUUUUUUUUUGGGCUCUUUCAACUGAAUGACUUAAAAUCGACGACCCAUUUCUUGCUUUGAUAACCCGAUCUGAAGGUUUAAAGUUGAAUCCAACUGGACUCCAGGAUCCCUUUCCCAAAACGAAUUCCCUAGUUUGAGGAACUCGGGGAAAGAAACUGUUCUGAAAGAAGAAGAGGAGGAGUGAGAAGGGGCCCUUAUUUAAGUGAAUGCUAGAGACAUGACCAUGACUUUGGCAUGGGAGUGACGUGAUGCUCUCAUUAGACUUUCCCUCCAAACUACCUUAAAUCCACGCACACACAACAUGCCCUUCUCUCUUCAGAGAGAUAGAAAUAAGUGAAUGAACGACCACAUUGAAAAAGAUUGUGUGAGUGUGAAAAUGGACGAAUCUGCGCUCCUGGACCUGUUGGAGUGCCCAGUAUGUCUGGAGCGUUUGGAUGCCACAGCAAAGGUGUUACCAUGCCAACACACAUUUUGCAGGCGAUGCCUGCUUGGAAUUGUGGGGUCACGUGGAGAACUGCGCUGCCCGGAGUGCCGCACACUGGUGGAGAGUGGCGUGGAUGAGUUACCUAGCAACAUCCUCCUGGUACGGCUGCUGGACGGUAUCAAGCAGAGGCCGAGGAGGACGGGAACUGGGCACGGAGCGUGCACUAAUGGAUCAGCAGUGGUGGGUGUCCGGGCACAGGGCGCAGGGGGAGGCCAGAGAGAUCAAGGGCCCCCUGGGACACAAUCUCAGAGGGUCCAGGCCAAGAGCACUCCAGUGAGGGGAGUGCCUCAGCUACCCUGUGCCAAGGCCUUAUAUAACUAUGAUGGCAAAGAACCUGGAGACCUUAAGUUCAGCAAAGGUGACGUCAUCAUCCUUCGCCGACAAGUGGAUGAAAACUGGUACCAUGGAGAGAUUGGUGGAGUUCAUGGAUUUUUCCCCACUAACUUUGUCCAGGUCAUCAAACCCUUGCCACAGCCGCCACCACAGUGCAAGGCCCUGUACGACUUUGAACUCAAAGACAAGGAGGCUGACAAAGACUGCUUGCCAUUCUCAAAGGAUAAUAUUCUCACAGUGAUUCGUCGUGUGGAUGAGAACUGGGCCGAAGGGAUGCUGGGAGAUAAGAUUGGCAUCUUCCCCAUCUCUUACGUAGAGUUCAACAGUGCAGCUCGCCAGCUCAUAGAACUGGACAAGCCAUCAGAAGGUGUAGCAGACUCUAGUGAAGGGCCCUCCUCCUCGAGCCCCCAGGCCAAUGGCUCCCAGAAGACCACUGGGGAAAAGAAGAACAGUAAGAAGAGGCACUCCUUCACUUCCCUGACUAUGUCCCAUAAACCCUGUCUGGCCCCUCCACCCCAGAGACACUCUAUGGAGAUCAGCGGCCCAGUUUUGGUCAGCUCCUCCAACCCCACAGCUGCGGCCCGAAUCGGAGAGCUCAGCGGAGGCCUCUCUUCCAGUGCACCUUCACAGGUUCACAUUUGCACAACAGGACUCAUUGUUACUCCUCCACCUAGUAGUCCUGUCACCACAGCGACAGUUUUCACGUUUCCCACAGAUACCAGCUAUGCAUCAAUUACAGUGGAUGCUCUUCCCCCUCCUCCACCCCCUCCACCUCAGUCACAACCUUCAGCAGUGGGUGCUGCCGCCUUGACUGCUGGUCAAAGACCUUCACCCGCUGUAGGUGACCAGAGUGGGCGUCAAAGACCCACAGUGUAUGUGGCAAUGUUUCCGUAUACACCCCGUAAGGAAGACGAGUUAGAAAUGAGGAAAGGGGAAAUGUUUUUGGUGCUGGAGCGCUGUCAGGAUGGCUGGUUUAAAGGAACAUCCAUGCACACUGGCAAGAUUGGAGUGUUUCCUGGGAACUACAUGAGUCCUGUCAGCAGGACUGUUUCUGGCAGCAGUCAGCCAAAAGUUCCCCUGACUCUGUGCUCCCAGGCUGGACGUGGUGCCACCAUUGUUAGCCCCUCCUCUACUCUUCUAGGGGCAGCUGUAGGGAGUGCUGACCCCAACAAACCCCUCCUAGUCUGCCCAAAUGCCACUCCAUCUUGCCCACUGCCUGCUGCUAUAGUAACAGCUGCACAUAUACCCGCUGGUCAGCACCCCAAAGUGCUUAUGCAUGUGACUUCACAGAUGACUGUUAAUCAGGCACGCAGUGCAGUCAGGACAGCUGUGUGUCAUAGUCAGGAUCGGCCUACAGCAGCAGUGAUGCCUAUCCAGUCCCACAAUCCUGUGGCCUACCUUCCUAGCACAGCUGUGUGUCUUCAGCCAUCACCUGUCCUCGGCUCCAGCCCUGGAUCCUCCUCAUCCAGAGUGGGUGUGGCUAUGGGCUGUGCGGCUGCCUCCUUGACCCCACCUAAUGUUAGUGCUGCUUCUUUAGACAAUGAUGCCAUGAGACCUUUGGCUGUGGUAGCUCUUCCUGUGGCCCCCAGCAGCACAAAGUGUCUUGGUGCAGUCUCGAAUCAUGGAGUUGCUUGUAGACUGGAUAAAGAUUGCAAGAGGGAAAAGAAAGGCCUGUUGAAACUGCUGUCUAAUAAAAAGAAGCUCCGCCCGUCUCCCCCAUCCUCUCCAACGCUGGAGGCGGAGCAAACUGUUGCCAUGGACAUGCCACAGGGGGCUGUAGGACCUGAAAUGGCCCCGCCCAACUCAGCAGUCAUUGUGGUGGGAAACAAUGGCCGUGCAGGUGCCUGUCCGAUGGACUCUGAACUCUCUGCGUCCUCAUUUUCAUCAAACACAGAGGCAGCAUCAUAUAGGAACAACUCCCAUGACAACACUGCACCAAUAGCCCCACCUCCACGGCAACCAUGCUCCUCCCUCCUCUCCAUGCAGCAUGACGGGCGGCCAAUCAUGUGUGAAAGGUACCGUGUGGCGGUGUCCUACCCUCCCCAAAGUGAAGCAGAGCUGGAACUCAAAGAGGGAGACAUUGUAUUUGUGCACAGAAAGCGAGAGGACGGCUGGUUUAAAGGAACACUACAGAGGAAUGGGAGAACAGGCCUUUUCCCUGGCAGUUUUGUUGACAGCAUCUAACAGUGUCAAAAUACAUAACUCUUAGAUAUUAAAAUUCUCUAUCAAAGUAAACACCAACACUGAAUUUCAGCCUUACAGCUCCGUUUUAUUUUCAGUAGUAUACGAGAUCAGUGGAAGUGGACUUCUUGUGUGGUUUGAUCAUAAACAUGUGAUCCAACUGCUGGAGGGAUCUUGAGGGUCAGCAGUAGCAUGGAGUUGACCACAGUCUUAUGAUUAUACAAUAACCAUCUAAACAGGUCCUAAAACAAACACUCAAAACAUUUCCUUAAACACACGGAUGCAGUUGUUUCGUUUUAGUUGUUCACUCUAGGUGCCCUUGUUCUAGCACAGUGUAGAUAAAGUCGUGAUAGGAUUUGUUAAUUUAUGUAUCUGUAACAUUUCAAAGACAUUUAUUGUGUGCCUUGUACUGUCUCACUUUACUGUAUUUGAGCAAACAAAGCUGAUAUGAUGAGAAUAAUAUGAAUUUUCUUCUGAAAAACACAUUUAACUUAUUUUUGUUUAGUAGGAAUGGCGCUUUGGAGGGAAGGUUUGUUAUGUGAGCUGGAUGGUCAAAUGCCAAUAGAACCUAUUUACAUGAAAUCAGUAGUCAAAUUGAUGAGCCAAAUGAACCAAGAUGGUUUGCCAAUAAAGGAAAUUGUUAUUUUUAAAAAGAACAGGAAUACACUCCUUAACUGAAUAUUAAUAAUAAUUGUUUUGUGAUAACAUCUUGGUUCCAGUUGUUUAAUACAAAAGGCCCAUGUCACAAGCUGUAAAACAGAAACAGUCACCCAUACUCAAAGCACAAAACCCCCAGUAUAUAUCAGUAAUGAUGCUGUUAUACUCUUGUGCACACAUAUUUGACUGUUUUGUGUGUACAGUAUAUUUGUUCCCUCUGUAGUAUUGACAGCUGCUUUAUAGUUUCUUUCAGAAUACUGUAUCAUACCUUACAAAGACACAACUGACCUUUUGGCCCCUUAUUUUUGAGCUACAUUAUUUCUUUAUAGGGAUGAUGUUUCCUAAAGAUAUGCACACAAAAAUGGCUGGUAACGAAUAGAAAUGACUUCAUAAACAUUGGCUGUUCUGGUGAUGUCUGCUGUACUUGGUGAUAUAAUGUUUUAUAUACUUGAAAAUUACGGUGUUUGUGUAUUUUUAUGCUUCAUACAGUAGAUUAAAUAUUUUAUUAUCAUAUUUCGAAAGCACAAAUUUGAUGUUUGAUAGUUGUUUUUUUUAUUUUAUUUUUAGAAUUUACAAUUUAAUUUCCCAAAUAUGCCCUUUUGCAAUUUUCAGUUAUUUUCUGAAAUUCAAUUCACUUUACUUUGAAUUCAUCUUGAUGCCUUUGCAACUAACACAAUGGCCUUCAUUGGUUGUAUUAAUGAAACUUACCAAACUACUUUUUUUUUACUUUUUCCAAUUUCCAAUCAUUGAUAACCUUGUUACUCAACUGAUUUUCCAGCUCUGAAUUACGCAAUCCUUCAAUAGAUUGAGUCACACUAAACAACGAGCAUUCUCGAGAACAUGUUGCAUACUAGUAACAGAGCAGAAUGAAAUCUGAUCACUGUACGUUUAAUUUAAACUCAUUAAAUGGCUUGCUAGUAAAAGGGGUAUGAAAUAAAGUAAUGCCUUUUAUAAAACACAUUUUGGAGAUACUUGUUUGUGUGUUUUUAAAUGUGUUUGAGAUCUAAGUGAACUUGAUUUUUGCCAGUGUUUUUGUAGCAAUGUUAGAUUAGAAGGAAUGUAAAAGCUGUAUAAAACAAGAAAAUGGUUGAUAACUUCUCAGACUGAGUGCAGAUCUCACACUUGUGCAUUAUUUGUGUUAUUUGCUCCAAGAACAUCAUGUGCGUGAAGUCACUCAUAAAUACAAAAGUAUCACAUCCAGAUGGUUCUUUAGCACUCAUAAAUCCAUUUAUGUAUCCAUUUGUCUCACAUGCAGGUUGCACCAUCGGCUGUGUACAUUUUCACAUGUUUUAAAGCUGCCCGUUUCACUCAUCCACAUCUGACCCAGAUAGAAAACAACUAUUGAACCAAUGUUAAGUCAAUGUUGAUGCAUCAACGUUAAUGGCAUUGAAUUAACAUGCAAGGUGAUGUUGGUUCAACAUCACUUUUGCACCCUCAGUUAGUUGAAACUAGGCUGAAAU